AUGUCGGACCGGAGCGCCCCGGGCUGCCGGCUCAGACUGGACUGGGUCUACGGGUACCGGGGCCACCAGUGCCGGAAUAACCUGUACUACACGGCCGGGAAGGAGGUGGUUUACUUCGUGGCCGGAGUCGGAGUCGUUUACAACACCAGGGAGCACAGCCAGAGGUUCUACCUGGGCCACAACGACGACAUCAUCAGCCUGGCGCUGCACCCGGAGCGCUCCCUGGUGGCCACCGGUCAGGUCGGCAAGGACCCGUACGUCUGCGUCUGGGACUCGUUCACCGUCCAGACCGUCUCCCUGCUGCGCGACGGACACACACACGGCAUCGCCUGCCUGGCCUUCAGCGCCGACGGACAGCGCUUGGCGUCGGUCGGCCUGGACGCCAAGAACACCGUCUGCAUCUGGGAGUGGAAACGAGGGAAGGUCCUGGCCACGGCCACCGGACACUCGGACAGGAUCUUCGACAUCUGCUGGGACCCGUUUCAGCAGAACCGGCUGGUGAGCUGCGGAGUCAAACACAUCAAGUUCUGGUCUCUGUGUGGAAACGCUCUCACGCCGAAGCGAGGCAUCUUCGGCAAGACGGGCGACCUGCAGACCAUCCUGUGCAUCGCGUCGGCCAAAGACGACGUCACGUACUCGGGCGCGCUCAACGGAGACAUCUACGUCUGGAAGGGCCUCAACCUGAUACGAACGGUUCAGUCGGCCCACGGGGCCGGGAUCUUCAGCAUGUAUUCCUGUGAGGAGGGUUUCGCCACCGGAGGCAGAGACGGCUGCAUACGACUCUGGGACGUCGACUUCAAGCCGAUCACCAAGAUCGACCUGCGGGAGGCCGAGCAGGGAUACAAAGGUUUGUCUAUUCGCAGCGUUUGCUGGCGAGCCGACCGGAUUCUGGCGGGAACUCAGGACAGCGAGAUCUUUGAGGUGAUGGUCAGGGACCGGGACAAGCCGCUGCUCAUCAUGCAGGGACACAGCGAGGGCGAGCUCUGGGCGCUGGACGUUCACCCCAAGAAGCCUCUGGCCGUCACCGGCAGCGACGACCGCUCCGUCAGGCUGUGGAGUCUGGUGGACCACGCCCUCAUCGCUCGCUGCAACAUGGAGGAGGCGGUCCGCAGCGUGGCCUUCAGCGUGGACGGGUCCCAGCUGGCUCUGGGCAUGAAGGACGGGUCCUUCACCGUGCUGAGAGUCCGGGACAUGACGGAGGUGGUCCACAUCAAGGACCGGAAGGAGGUCAUCCACGAGAUGAAGUUCUCUCCAGACGGAGCGUAUCUGGCCGUGGGCUCCAACGACGGGCUGGUGGACGUCUACGCCGUGGCCCAGAGAUACAAGAAGCCGGUGGUCAGUAAGGAGGAGGUCAAAGGUCAGCGCUGGGCGUCCUGGAGCGGCGUCCUGGGCUCUGAGGUCAGCGGCAUCUGGCCCAAGUACUGCGACCUGACGGAGAUCAACGCCGUGGACGCCAACCACGCCGCCGCCGUGCUGGUCGCCGGGGACGACCUGGGCCUGGUGAAGCUGUACCGCUUCCCCUGCAUCAGGAAAGGAGCCAAGUUCAAGAAGUACAUCGGACACUCGGCCCACGUCACCAACGUCCGCUGGUCGCACGACCUGCAGUGGGUUCUGACCACCGGCGGCGCCGACCACGCCCUCUUCCAGUGGAGGUUCCUGCCGGAGUCGGUGAUGAACGGAGGUCUGGACGUCAACGUGCAAGACGGCCACGGCGACUCCAACAGCGAGGAGUCGGACAGCGACGUGUCCGACGUGCCGGAGCUCGACUCCGACAUCGAGCAGGAGACUCAGAUCAACUACGACCGGCAGGUGUAUAAGGAGGACCUGCCUCAGCUACGACAGCAGAGCAGAGAGAAGAAGCAGCAGGUGGGAUCUCUGAAGAGGCAGAAAGGACCAGACCAGGGCCUCCGACUGCAGUUUGUUCACGGGUACCGCGGCUACGACUGCAGGAACAACCUGUUCUACACUCAGGGCGGCGAGGUGCUGUACCACGUGGCGGCGGUGGGCGUGGUCUACAACCGGCAGCUGCACAGCCAGCGCUUCUACCUCGGCCACGACGACGACAUCCUGAGCCUCAGCAUCCACCCGCUGAAGGACUACGCUGCUACGGGGCAGGUGGGCAGGGAUCCGGCCAUCCAUGUGUGGGACAUCCAGACUCUCAAGUGUCUGUCGUUGCUGAAGGGGUUUCAUCAGAGGGGAGUGUGUGCGCUGGACUUCUCAGCUGAUGGGAAAAGUUUGGUUUCUGUGGGAAUCGAUGACGGACAUUCGAUUGUCGUCUGGGACUGGAAGAGAGGAGAGAAGCUCGCUACUGCCCGGGGUCACAAGGAGAAGAUGUUUGUGGUGAAGUGUAACCCCCUCCUGAUGGACAAACUGGUCACUGUGGGAAUCAAACACAUCAAGUUCUGGCAGCACGCAGGUGGCGGUCUGACCUUCAGGCGUGGUGCGUUCAGGAGCGUCGGCCGGCCGGAGACCAUGAUGUCGGUGUGUUACGGUCGCAGCGAGGCGCUGGUGUUUUCCGGCGCCGCCACCGGAGACGUUUACAUCUGGAAGGAACCGCUGCUGCUGAAAACGGUGAAGGCCCACGACGGGCCGGUGUUCGCCAUGUUCUCCCUGGACAAGGGCUUCGUGACCGGAGGGAAGGACGGCGUUGUGGAGCUGUGGGACGACAUGUUCGACCGCUGCCUGAAGACCUACGCCAUCAAGAGGGCAGCGCUGUCUCCGGGCUCUAAAGACCACAGAUGCUUUUGCAGCAGUGACCUCUCCUUUGGUCACAUGGAGGGUGAGGUUUGGGGUUUGGCGCCUCACCCCCUGCUGCCCGUCUGCGCCACCGUCAGCGACGACAAAACGCUGCGACUCUGGGAGACGUCGGCGAAUCACCGCAUGGUGGCCGUUCGCAAGCUGAAGAGAGGCGGUCGCUGCUGCGCCUUCUCCCCCGACGGUAAGGCGCUGGCGGUCGGCCUGAGCGACGGCGGCGUGCUGGUGGUGAACGCCGACACUCUGGAGGAUCUGCUGAGCUUCCACCAUCGCCGGGACGCCAUCUCUGACAUCCGCUUCACCCCGGACUCAGGUAAAUACCUGGCCGUGGCGUCGCACGACAGCUUCGUGGACAUCUACAACGUUUUGAGCAGCAAGAGGGUCGGGAUCUGCAAAGGGGCGUCCAGCUACAUCACCCACAUCGACUGGGACGCCCGAGGUAAACUGCUGCAGGUGAACACUGGAGCCAAAGAGCAACUUUUCUUCGAAGCCCCGAGAGGAAAAAGACAAACCAUCAGAAACUCUGAGCUGGAGCGGGUCGACUGGUCCAGCUGGACCUGCGUUCUGGGUUCCAGCUGUGAGGGAAUCUGGCCGACGCACAGCGACAUCACCGACGUCAACGCCACCACGCUCACCAGAGACCGAACGCUGCUCGCCACCGGAGACGACUUUGGCUUCCUCAAACUGUUCGGAUACCCCGUCAGAGGUCAGUACGCUCGCUUCAAGCGCUACGUGGGCCACAGCGCUCAGGUGACCAACGUCCGCUGGGCCCAGGACGACUCCACGCUGCUGACGGUGGGCGGGGCCGACACCGCCCUCAUGAUCUGGGCCCGGGAGCGAGGGGGCGGAGCCAGCGGCGAGGGGGAGGGGUCUUUGUUCAGAGACAACCGGCCACCUGUGGACAGCGAGGAGUCGGACGACGACAUCGAGGAGGACGGAGGCUACGACAGCGACGUCGCCCGAGAGAAGACGGUGGACUACACCACCAAGAUGUACGCCGUCAGCAUCCGAGAGAUGAGAGGAACCAAACCUCACCAGCAGCUGAAGGAGCUGUCUGCCGAGGAGAGGCAGGGCAUUGUCAAGGGAUCCAGGCCUCCAGUGAGUCGAGCGACGCCACAGCCUGAGAAACUCCAGAAGAACAACGUGUCCAAGAAGAAGAGGCUGGUCGAGGACCUGAUAUUGGACCACGUGUUUGGUUUCCGAGGCUUCGACUGUCGGAACAACCUGCACUACCUCAACGACGGCGCCGAGAUCGUCUACCACACCGCCGCCACCGCCAUCGUCCACAGCCUCAGCACCGGAACCCAGAGCUUCUACCUGGAGCACACCGACGACAUCCUGAGUCUGACCGUCAACCAGCACCCCAAGUACAAGAACAUCAUCGCCACCGGACAGAUCGGUACGUCGUCCGCCGCCGUCCGUACGACUCCGUCCAUCCACGUCUGGGACGCGAUGAGCAAACAGACGCUGUCCAUCCUCCGCUGCCCGCACACCAAAGGCGUCAGCUACGUGAACUUCAGCGCCACCGGGAAGCUGCUGCUGUCGGUCGGAGUCGAGCCUGAACACACCAUCACCGUGUGGCGCUGGCAGGAAGGAUCCAGAGUCUGCAGCAAAGCCGGACAUCCCGACCGGAUCUUCGUGGUGGAGUUUCGUCCCGACUCGGACUCUCAGUUCGUGUCGGUGGGAAUCAAACACGUGAAGUUCUGGACGCUGGCCGGCGGCUCGCUGAUGUACAAGAAGGGCGUGGUGGGAACGGUGGAGGACGGCCGCAUGCAGACCAUGCUGUCGGUCGCCUUCGGAGCGAACAACCUGACGUUCACGGGCGCCAUCAACGGCGACGUGUACGUGUGGCGAGAUCACUUCCUGCUGAGGGUGGUGGCGAAGGCUCACACCGGCCCGGUGUUCACCAUGUACACCACGCUGAGGGACGGGCUCAUCGUCACCGGCGGCAAGGAGAGGCCGACCAAGGAAGGCGGAGCGGUGAAGCUCUGGGAUCAGGAGAUGAAGCGAUGUCGGGCCUUCCAGCUGGAGACGGGCCAGCAGGUCGAGUGUGUCCGAUCCGUCUGCAGGGGGAAGGGUAAGAUCCUGGUGGGGACGAAGGACGGCGAGAUCAUCGAGGUCGGGGAGAAGAACGCCGCCUCCAACCUGCUGCUGGACAGCCACGCCCGGGGAGGGAUCUGGGGUCUGACGGCUCAUCCGGCCAAAGAGGUCUGCAUCACGGCCAGCGACGACGCCACCAUCAGGCUGUGGGACCUCACGGACAAGAAACUGCUGAACAAAGUGUGUGUGGGUCACGCCGCUCGCUGUGUGAGCUACAGCGCAGACGGGGAGAUGCUGGCGGUCGGGAUGAAGAACGGCGAGUUCCUCCUCCUCCUCGCCAACUCGCUCAAGAUGUGGGCGAAGAAACGAGAUCGCAGCGCCGCCGUCCAGGACCUCCGGUUCAGUCCGGACCGGCGGCUGUUGGCGGUGGGUUCUGUGGAGAACACGGUGGACGUGUACGACGUGAGCGGAGGACCGAGUCUGAACCGACUCGUUUACUGCAGCGACAUUCCUGCUUUCAUCCUGCAGCUCGACUUCUCUGCUGACAGCUGCUACAUACAGGUGUCCACAGGAGCCUACAAGCGGCAGGUGUUUGAGGUUCCUUCAGGGAAGCUGGUGAGCGACCAGACGGCCAUCGACAGGAUCACCUGGGCGACGUGGACCAGCAUCCUGGGAGACGAAGUUUUGGGUAUUUGGCCGCGAAACGCCGACAAAGCCGACGUGAACUGUGCCUGUGUGUCUCACGCCGGCAUGAACAUCGUCACCGGCGACGACUUCGGAUUGGUCAAACUGUUCGACUUCCCCUGCACAGACAAGUUUGCCAAACACAAGCGCUACCUCGGCCACUCGGCUCACGUGACCAACAUCCGCUUCUCCCACGACGACAAAUACGUGAUCAGCACAGGAGGAGACGACUGCAGCGUGUUUGUGUGGAAAUGUCUGUAAACGGAUCCAAAGCGCCUUAACAGCACCACAAGUGGAUCCGGAGGGCGUC